AUGGGUGGAAAUGGUCGUAAGGCAAUAAUGGACAAUUUUUGCUGGUCUGUUGGAACAUACACCUGUAAAAACCAAACAAACAAUUGUUUCAAUCCAACGGAAGAGAAUAAAGUGUAUCAACGAUAUUACCAAUGGAUUUCUCUGCUGUUUAUUUUACAAACAUGUGUAUUGCAUACACCAGCAUAUUAUGCAACAUUCAAACAUGAAAAAUGGAAUGACCAGAAGAGCCGUAUUAUGUUGUAUUUUAGCAGUAAAUAUGUUGAUCGUUUGCAUACGAAUUACAAAUGUUAUUUUUUGUAUCAAACAAAUGUUUUUUUUUUUAAAUCUCAGCUCCUCAAUAUUGUGAUGUUGAAUGUGAUCAUAACUGGAUUUUGGAACCGGUACUCUCGGGCAAUUUUAGCUCUAUUGACCGGUGAUCCAAUAAUUUGGAUGUUUCACAGUGAAUUAAUCUUUCCAAGAGCAGCUAAAUGCACAUAUGAACCAUAUGGUCCAUCAGGUUCAAAUCAAAAAUUGGAUGCACUUUGUUUACAUCAAAAUUGUAAGUGAAUCUCAAAGGUUAGAUGAUGAUGAUGAUGAUUGUGAAGAAGAAUGUUCACAAGAUCCGAAUCGGUAUAUACACAAUAUGUAUAUAAAGUCCGAGGCGAAGUAAAAACCAAUCAAGAAGAAGAAAAAUAAGGUAGUGUCAUCGGAUGAGGAGUUGGAUGAAGAGCCGAUCAAAAAGAAGAAAAAUAAAAAAUGAAUGUGAGUCGAAACAAAAAUCAAUAUUUAUUUUGGUAAAUGUACAUUAUAUACAUUAACAGAUUUUUGUUACUUUUCCGCAAACUUUGUUUGUAUGG